AUGACAUUAGCAACAUCGAAAACCACGCUGCUGCUCGUAUGCCUAGCGGUAGCGCUCAGCACACCCGCGACCGGAGCUGCAACCCACCACUUAGGUGCGGCAAGGAAGCUGCUGGAUGGCGUCAGCCUCAAGAAAUUUGACAGCCUGAUCAGCCUCAAGCGCCUGGACGGCAACGACAUUACCCCGGCCUCGCUCUACAGCUCCCUGCGCGACACCUUCAACGGCUACUUCCUGGAGCCUGAGGCAGAGGAUGCUGAGAGCCCCGCAGGAGCUGUGGAGAUGCCAGAGGCAGGCGCGCCAGAGGCGGCCGAGGACAUGAGAAGGAGUGACCUGGAAAUCUUUAUGCUGACCAGCCGCCCCGAGCGCAGCCGCCGGCUGCACCAGGCCGCCGCCGCCAAAAAGGCCCCAGCCGCCCCGGUCGCCAAGCCGGCCGCCGCAGCCGCCGCCAGGUCCUCGGCCGCUCCAGUGGUCGUCGACAUGACCACCUCGCCAAUGCAAAAGUUCAUGCUCUCCAGCCGGCCGGCGAGCAACCGUGCGAAGAUCGAGGGCCCGGCCGACGAGGGCGGCGCCCCGGUGUUUGACGGCAGCGGCAAGCAGGUGUCCGGAGGCCGCAAGCUGAGCCAGGCUGCUGCCAUCGGGAGCAGCCGCGUGUCGCUGACACCGCAGGCCACCAAGGCCAUGAAUAGUGCGCCGGCGCGCGUCCCCGGCCGCGUCAGCAUUGACAACUCCGGCAACGCCGCCGCCGCCGGCAGGCCAAUGACGCAGCCCCUCAGCGGCCGCAAGCUCGCCCAGACCAAGUCGGCCGCCCCUUCCGCCGUCAAAUCGGCGGCUCCGGCGAAGCCAGCGCAGCAGGGAGCCGCGGCGCAGUUCCUGGCCUCGAGGACGACUGCCCCAAAAGUGGUGGACAUGAGCAACUCGCAGCUGCAGAAGACCCUGCUCGCCCCGCCCAACGCAAACGGCCAGCGCGCUAAGAUCGAGGGGCCGGCCGACGAGGGCGGCGCUCCGGUCUUUGACGGCAGCGGCAAGCAGGUGUCCGGCGGACGUAAACUCAGCCAGGCAACGACCACCAAGAAGACCAACGCAGCGGCCGCUCUCCCCAAGCAGGGCACAGUGAAGGUGGACCAAAGCGCGUCCGCGGUGCAGAAGACGCUGCUCGCUCCGCCCAAUGCUAACGGGCAGCGCGCCAAGAUUGAGGGCCCGUCCAACACCGCAGAGGCCGUCGGCAACGCGCCUGUCUUUGACGGCAGCGGCAGGCUUGUGUCCGGCAAUGGCCGCUAA